AUGUUUCCGAUCAUCCGUAUAACACAAGCACUACAUUUCGGUAACUUGCUAAAUAUUCUACAAUCGCCCACUUCAAAGAUAGUCCCUCGUUCGCUCACCCAACUUGCACCGUUUAUUGAUGAAAACAACAUAACACGUGUUGGUGGUCGUCUCCGCAACGCCACUUUGCCAGCUGACGCAAAAAACCCAAUAUUGUUGCCAAAAUCAAGUGUGUUGACGACACUUGUUAUUCGACAUUUCCAUUUAACUUAUUUCCAUGCCGGACUUCAGUUAAUGUCCUCGUUAAUAGCAAGUAACUAUUGGAUAAUAUCCGGUCGAUCUGCCAUACGCCAUGUUGUCUAUAAAUGUGUGGUGUGCGCUCGACAUAGGGCAUCAAUUGCUCAUCCUAUUAUGGCCGAUCUCCCAGCCAGUCGCGUAACACCGUGUCGACCAUUUCUACGUGUAGGUAUUGAUUUUGCUGGUCCACUUACCAUAGCCGAGAACCGUCGCAAGAAUUCACGAUCAAUCAAGUGUUACCUUGCAAUUUUUGUGUGUAUGGUUGUUAAAGCGGUACAUAUUGAAGUGGUAUCAGAUCUAUCAACACCAUCGUUUCUAGCGUCCCUACACCGUUUAGUUGCUCGACGUGGCACUCCGACCGAUACUUAUACUGAUUGUGGAUCUAACUUCAAAGGUGCUGACCAGCAAUUACGACAAAUGAUGUUAGAUCCCACAGCUCAAACAACAUAUUCCAACAGUAUAUUAUGUAAGUGGCAUUUCAACCCUCCCGCAGCUCCACAUUUCGGUGGUCUGUGGGAAGCGGCUGUAAAAUCUACUAAGUAUCACUUGAAACGAGUAGUGGGUACUCAACGUUUGACUUUUGAAGAAAUGGACACGUUAACAACUCGUAUCGAAACCGUACUUAAUUUACGUCCGAUUACACCAAUAUCCACUGAUCCAAACGACUAUCGCGCAUUAACCCCCGGACACUUUCUCAUUGGCCACCCAAUGGUAGAAAUCCCAGAAACAGAUGUGACCCAUGUGCUCCAAAAUCGCCUCAAUCGUUGGGAGCUUCUUCGUCAAAUGUACCAGUCUUUCUGGAACAGAUGGUCCACAGAAUAUUUGUCAUCGUUACAACGACGUAACAAAUGGACUGACCAUCAACCGAACAUCAAGGUUGACGAUUUAGUAAUAGUAAACUUGCCAAAUCAACCACCAAUACAGUGGAAACUUGGUCGAAUCCAACAAAUCCAUCCGGGCGUUGAUGGUGUGGUGCGUGUAGCCACAGUGCGGACAGAACACGGAACCCUCACACGACCCAUAGUAAAAUUAGCCAUCCUUCCCGUUGAUAGGUAA